AUGCAAACCGAGGAUCAUGAUACUUUUGGUGUAGAGGUGCAGACGGUCAGAAAAAUCAAGGAACUCAGGCAUAAGGUUCAAGAAUUAAUCUCUCCACACUCUGGUAAGUUCUUGUGCCAUCCCCCUCACAUCAUGAUGGUUUACUAAUGGAUAUGGCUUCCUAUUUUCCAUCCCUUUAUUGUCGUGUGAUUUGCAUUUUUAUCAUAAACACUUAGUUAGGAGCCAUAAUAAUGUUUUUAUAUUUUCAAAUAAAGAAAAUAACCUUUCAAAAUGGACAUUAAAGUUUACAGGCCACUGCGAAUGAUCUUCUCCCUUUGGUCGUGGAGCACAAACUCUUGGGACUAAAGGGAAAAUCCACUUAUUAAUGAGAGAAGACAGUCUUCGCAGCGUGCCUGUUUGUUUGGCUGCAGAGCUCAAACUCUCAAGAUGCCUUGCUUUUGGGCGAAAUUAAUUUGCCGAGAGUCUCAUUUGUAAGGGAUCCUCUCACAUUACUUACAAAUCUUAAGCUGUCUACAGGCCUUUCUCUUUCCACAAGCCGAAUCCCGCUUUGUAAUGGGCAAUUCGCCUUGGGAAUGACCAACUAUAUCCCCAUAAUUGUUUUGCUUGCUUGAUUUCUGAUAUCUUCAGUGGAGGCAUCCUCUUCUCUUGUUAAUAAGCUCAGCUACGAAUUGUUGAUCGGAUAUGGAUUAUUGAUUCUGAAGCCUAGGAUCCAUUAAAUUGGGGCUGUCCUAUGAGCAUUUUCCUUCUUUUAGAAGAGCAGUUGCCCUGCCUGAUUCAACCUCGAUGUAUAAAUUUAUUUUUCUGUAGCGGUUCCUUGAGAAACCGACUCAAUUUCAUGUAAAAAAAAUUUGAAUAUAUUAUCAACGUGUAAAUACCUUUGUCUCUACCCCCAAUUUAUGUGCUGUAUUUCUUUCUCGAAUCCUAAUAAAAAGAAUCUUGAGAUGAUGAAACCCAUUUAACAACUAUCUGAUUUAAAUUCAGCGGAUGAUUUCAAUAGGGUGAGUAAAUGGAUGAACUAUUGGUUCAAGGGGUUUAAUUUUCCACCAUAUAUUUAGGCACAAUAAAGAGGGACAUGCUCGAGGCUAGAUUAUCGGAAAGUUCACGUGAUUAGAGAGUGGUGCACCUAGAAUGUUGAACGAUGGUGUGACGCAUCUUGGACGGAAAGAGGUGAGCUGAUAGAAGGGACAAUCAUUGGCAUCUUGAUGAUCAUCUCACGAUGAGUGUCUGGCCUUGCACACAUUUGAAGUCUGGACAAGGUAAAACGAGAAUUCCAAUCGAUCCUUAGGAUCCUUCCCUCUCAUAGUAGGUACCAAUAGACUAUCUUAUUAAUUUCCUGCGAAGGUGAAUGCUUUCUAGAUUCCUUUCAUAUAUCAUCUCUAUGUCUCUGAGAAUAUACUGGCGCAUAUCCCGUACUGAUGGUGAACUUCUUCCUCUGUGCGUGUGUGUGUGUGUGUAUGGUUGGCGCAUACAGUUAGUUGUCUGACCCCAGACAUCAUAGGGGUUCAGACCCAGAAUCCAUUUUCUGGGGUUUUCUCUGAACCCGAGCCGUUAUUCAGGACACAUUAUGGCUUCUAUUCUGUUUGAACAUUGCAAUCACUUCAUAUCUUUUGUAUUGAUUUAACGCGGUUUUUCUUGGCCAUUGGGUCCAUCAGUUCGGGCAAAGGCGGCUGAUUCCCUGAAGAGGAAGGCGAUCCGUCAUGAACAGGAAGAGCAGGACUCGUGUUCGUCUGGUCCACGGUUCCCUGCGAGCUUGUUAUUCAGAAGCGGUCUCAGAACGAGAAACGAGCACAAACUACGAAGGAGCCGGGAGCUGACUCACAACAUCGACUGA